AUGCAAGACAAUAAUAAACUCGCCGGCCAGAAACGCAAGGCUUCUGAGACCUUGACUGCUGAACGCCGGAAAAUAACCCGAGCUUGUGACUCCUGCAAACUGAAGAAGACAAGAUGCUCCGGCACGCUACCGUGUCAUCGUUGCACCAAGCUGUCAAGAACAUGCCAAUAUAACGCAACAUACACCAGAGGAACUCCGCCGUCUCCACUGCCCGCUCCGGGGUCUACACAUCGCCAGGAUGCUGUACGACGCUCGACACCUUCAGUGCGGUCGUCGAUCCAUACAGGUCCGGUGUCUCCCAAAUCAUCGCUCGCAACGUCAAGUCCGACGGGAUCCCAUUUCCGUCGAAGUUCACAUUCACUCGCUGUCUUGUCGCCAAGGAGCAGCUCUCCUGAACCAGAGGCCACAGACCUGGAAGGCAAUUAUCUGGGGCCAUCUUCCGGUAUCUCUUUUCUUUCAAGGAGCUGGAGGCGAUUGAAACAAGAUAAUAUAUCCACAACACCACGACUUCCUGAGAAUGAGCGCUCGAAGAAUACCCCUGUUCUGUUAUUUGGUGAUCGACCCUUUUCCGAUAAAGCGGACUGGUCUAGUCUAGAAUUGCCACCGAAGGAUCGCGCUAUUAGAUUGCUGGAUACGUAUUUUGACUUUUCGAUUGUGACAUACCGUUUCCUUCAUCGGGGAAAUGUAAUGGCUUUAUUGGACACGAUAUACGAGAAGAACAUUCUGCCCUCGAAUCCUCCGCCUAGUCACUCAGCGGCAAAAGUGGGCGUGAUCUACAUGAUUUUUGCAGUGGGGAUGCUUGGUGAGGAGCGGAGGAUUGGGAACGAUGAGAUACAUCCGGAAAGUGAGAGCGAGCGAUGGUAUGCUGCAGCGCGACAUAUGAUGUCAAUUGAAACCGGGCCUCCAGCUUUGGAAACCAUCCAGGUGCGUUUGGGAAUUUGUCUGUUCCUGUUAUCGUCUUCAAGGGCAAAUCAGUGUUGGUACAUGUUUGGGACCACCAUGCAACUGGUCACGGCCCUCGGAUUGCAUAGGAGACGGCUGUCCAAGACAACUCGCGGAGGGCCUGCAUAUGUUGAGCAGGAGCUGCGCAAACGUAUCUUUUGGAGUGCCUACACAUUGGACAAGUACCUGAGCGUCAUGUUUGGGCGACCACGACUAUUGGAUGACGAAGACAUCGACCAGGAUUUUCCGGACGAGGUGAACGAUGAAGAUAUGUUUUUGGAAAAGCCACCGCGGAUACAAGAUGCCAUGGAUGGCAUGAUGAUUGCUUCAAUUUUACAUUUUAGGCUUGGACUUCUCAUGGGAGAGAUAUCUCGGAGAGUAUAUCCAACAAAGGCAGUAUCUACAGUGGCACCUUACGAAGCGGCCAUUGAACUGGUCGCGGAAUUACAAGAAUGGAAGCAAAGUGUACAUCCUUUGUUCGGAAGCGUCCGAGCCUCCAGUCUGAUUCCACCUCUUUGCCGACAAAGUCACGUUCUGCAGUUUGCAUAUGACCACGCCAUGAUACAUGCGACUCGGCUAUUUAUUCUCAAUGAUUUCACCGACUUGACGCGACGCCCAUUAGUCCCUCUUGACUUGGUUACAACCCAUGUGCAGAACUGCAUCAAUGCAGUCAGAGAUGUGCUGCAGCGUGUAGAUGCCUUGGCUGAUCAGGGGUCUAUGUUGGAGUCGUGGUGGUUUACACAUUAUAUCUGCUUCUGUGCUAUUCUCGUGGCUUACAUAUAUACCAUCCAGCAACACCAGUCAUCGACCUCCGAUCCGAUAACACCAAGUACUUCCAGCAUGACGGACGACGUGCAGGAUUUGUUCAGUCUUGCAGAAAGAUGUCAAAUUCACUUAGCAAAGGCUACCCGUAAAAAUUGUCCGAGUCGCAGAUACGGUAUCAUUUUGGAGGAACUAAGGCUCGAAGUACACAGGCAGCUUUCAAUAGCAACAAUAAACAAUAUAAAUCCGUCACAACCACAAAUGACCGAAGUCAACACAAUCCAACAAGGUCUACAGCUAGACAAGCCAUAUCAGACCGACACAAAUUUUGAACAGCCGACUGUAAAUACGAACCCAGACUUGGACGGAUAUCCCUAUUUAGGCAACUCAGCUAUUCCGGGCAUGGAAGGCCCCGACCUCCUUGGAGGCGAUGACUUUGGACUUUUGAACAGUCUAGAUGGAUCUGUUUGGUGGACACAGUUGGACUCAUGGGCCUACUCUAGUCUCAAUAAUGACUCUUCGGAAUUCAACUUCUGAACUCUCAAUAUAUGAUUUCCCAACGACUUACGCUAUGCCGAGAUACGAAACGUGAGUUCUGCACAACCGUAUUUACAUUUUCCAGUUAGUAAGAUACCCAAGAUCAACGAAUAGUUACUGAUAUACUAUUCCUGUAAUUUCCUCCAAAUACAUUUUUAUCAAUUUCAAAGCUGAAUAUGAAAUCGUAACGCACUGAUGAGCGUCAGGACCCAGGACAUACCUAUCGAUAGGAUAUGGAUAGCGAUGAUGAUUCUCAACCGAUAAUCCAGUCUCUUGUACCAAACACGCCUUAUAUUCAUAGAUAAUUAAAGAAGGAUGCAUAA